AUGGGCAUCAUUCGACUUCCAUCUUUGAUUGCCAAUGCAAAACAGUUUAGCAGAUUACAGUCAGUUUGCAGUCGAAGCCUUUCAGAUGUCCCAAAGGGGUAUAUGGCCGUGUACGUGGGAGAGAUUCAGAAGACAAGAUUCGUGGUUCCGAUAUCGUUCUUGGAACAGCCUCAAUUUCAAGAUCUAUUGCAUAAAUCUGAAGAUGAGUUUGGGUUUGACCAUCCAAUGGGAGGCCUAACCAUUCAUUGCGAAGAAGAAGCGUUUAUAGAUCUUACUUCUCGAUUGCAUGUUUCAUGA